GGAGUCACGUGUUAGAGCGCGAGGCGUCUCCCGCGGGGGCGCUUCCUGUCACGGCUGCCUCGGCGGCCCGGGGGCCGCGGGAGGCCUGGGCGGCACCGGGCGGGAGAAGGCCCGGGUCGGUUUCGGAUCCGCCGCGAGACAGGUAUCCAGGCUGUCAAGAUGCCAGGGCCAAGACCUCGGAAGGGCCCUCCGGCCAGUGGCCAGGGUGUGGCAGCUGCCAAGCAGCUCGGGCUCUUUGUGGAGUUCAGCCCUGAGGACAUGCUGCUGGGGGUGGAGGAGACUGAAGACGAGGGGGACCUGGAGGCUGAGUUGCUGGCUCUCACUGGGGAAGCAGGGACCACAGGCAGGAAACCGGCACCCAAGGGGCAGGCCCCUCUGCCUAUGGCCCACAUUGAAAAGUUGGCGGCGGACUGCAUGCGGGAUGUGGAAGAAGAGGAAGAGGAGGAAGGGCUGGAGGAGGAUGCAGACUUGCUGACAGAGCUGCAGGAGGUCCUGGGUACAGAUGAGGAGGCUGGGGCCCUGGAUGGUGAUGAGACAGCCAGCCUGGGUGGCCCUGAGGAAGAGAAGGAACAGGAAAACAUUGAACCUCCGGUGCAGGCAGCUCUCUUGACAGCCCCAGUCCCAGCAGCUCAGGCUGGAGGGCCCCCAGGGCUGCAGGCCCUGCUAGAGGAUCGGAUCCGCAACUACCGGGAGGCUGCAGCCAGUGCUAAGGAGGCAGGCGAAGCGGCCAAAGCCAGGCGCUGUGAGCGUGGCCUGAAGACACUGGAGUCCCAGCUGGCUGCUGUGAAGAAAGGCAGGAAGAUCAGUGAGGAUGAGAUCCCGCCUCCAGUGGCCUUGGGCAGGAGGCCCUUGGCCCCCCAGGAAGCAACCGAUAGGAGCCCUGAAGCAGAACCUCCAGCUGCCCUCUCUGUGGAGCCAGGCAACCCCUCCCAGCCUGAGACAAGCCUCUUGGGCAGCCCUGGUAUUUCUGCCCCACCCGACUCAGACCCAGACCCACGGGCCCUGCUGUUGGCCCGACAGAGAGAGUACAAAGUGGCUGCUCUGAAUGCCAAGCGGGCUGGAGACCUAGACCGCGCCCGAGAGCUCAUGAGGGUUGGGAAGAGAUUUGGUGCUGUCCUGGAGGCCCUGGAGAAGGGGCAGCCUGUGGACCUGAGUGCCAUGCCCCCGGCACCAGAGGACCUGAAGCCCCUUCCACAGGCUUCCCAGGCCCCCACAGCACCCUCAGAUACAUCCCCGGCAGUGGAGCGAAUGCACCCAGUGAUGGCCUCUGACAUCCCAGCAGCCCCGGUGGCCCUCGCUGAGCCACAGACAGUGCUGGAUGCCCUGCAGCAGAGGCUGAACAAGUACCGCGAGGCAGGCACCCACGCUCGGGGCAGUGGGGAUGAGCGCAAGGCCCGGAUGCACGAGCGCAUUGCCAAGCAAUAUCAAGAUGCCAUUCGGGCCCACCAGGCAGGACGGAAGGUUGACUUUGCCGAGUUGCCUGUUCCUCCAGGAUUCCCCCCUAUACCUGGCCUGGAGCCCACCGUGGCUACUGAGGAGGAUAUGAUGACAGCUACUUUAGCAACUGCCCAGAAACUGGCCUCCUCAGAGGAUACAGCCCCAGUAGAGGAAGAGGAGGAUGAGGACAAGGAUGAACCCCCAGCCCAGGCCCCAGCGGCCAAGAAGCCAGCACAGCCUGUCCCUUCAUCACGGCCCCUGCCUGAGCCCAAGGCCUCGAGUUCUAAGGAGGUGCUGAGUCCAUCUGCACGAGAGCAGCUGACCCUGCUGGAGGCACGGAAACUGCAGUACCAGCGGGCAGCCCUGCAGGCCAAGCGUGGCCGGGACCUGGAGCAGGCCAAAGCCCAUCUGCGGGUGGCCAAAUCCCUCGAGGCUCAGAUCACCCAGGUGCGAGCUGGCCGCCCCGUGGACCUCUCCAAGGUACCUUCACCCUUAACGGAUGAGGAGGGUGACUUCAUCCUGAUCCACCAUGAGGACCUGCGACUCUCUCAGAAGGCUGAGGAGGUGUAUGCCCAGCUACAGAAAAUGCUUCUGGAGCAACAUGAGAAGUGUCUGCUGUUCUCCAAGCAGUUCAUGCACCAGGGCAAUGUGGCUGAGACCACCCGGUUUGAGAAGCUUGCUCAAGACCGCAAGAAGCAGCUUGAAAUCCUGCAGCUGGCCCAGGCUCAAGGCCUUGACCCUCCUAGCCACCACUUUGAGUUGAAAACAUUCCAGACUGUGAGGAUCUUUGCAGAACUCAACAGCACAGAAAUGCAUCUGAUUGUUGUCCGGGGAAUGAACCUCCCAGCCCCUCCAGGGGUGACCCCUGACGACUUGGAUGCUUUUGUGCGGUUUGAGUUCCACUACCCUAAUUCGGACCAGGCUCAAAAAAACAAAACAGCUGUGGUGAAAAACACAAACUCUCCAGAAUUUGAUCAACUCUUCAAACUAACUAUCAACCGAAACCACCGGGGCUUCAGGAGAGUGAUUCAAAACAAAGGAAUCAAGUUUGAAAUCUUCCACAAAGGAUCCUUCUUCAGAAGUGACAAGCUGGUUGGCACAGCCCACCUGAAACUGGAGCGGCUGGAGAAUGAGUGUGAGAUCAGAGAGAUUGUGGAGGUCCUGGAUGGGAGGAAGCCCACUGGGGGCAAGCUGGAGGUGAAGGUGAGGCUGCGGGAGCCUCUGAGUGGCCAAGACGUGCAGAUGGUCACCGAGAACUGGCUGGUCCUGGAGCCCAGGGGCCUGUGAGAGGGUCAACGCUGGAGUGGAGUCAGGCUGGAGACUCUUCUCCAGCUUUUCCCCCUGGGCUUCGCUGGCUACAGAAGUCUUUGUACAUAAAGGAGAUACUGCUAAACAAGUACCAAAGACCUGUUAAGCACGUGCAUUACUGACCACGGCUCUGGUCUUUCCCGUUGCUGGCCUCUCCCCAGGCCUCCACCAAAGCAGGCUGGAUUCCAGGAUUUUCCCCUCCCUCUCUGUCCGGGCAGGGCAAGGACAGCCUCACCGCUCUGCCAUGGAGCCUUGUAACCAACCCCUUAACCCCUGUGAAUCAACUGUUUGCAACCUGCCCCAGCCCCCAUUUGCACCAUUUCUAGACGUGCCUUUAAAAGAUAAAACUGUAAGGGAUGGGAAAGCGCGAGUGUGAUCCGGACCCCCUUCCCCAUAGGGCGGGGCAGGGUUCUGUGACUCCAGUUGGUCGGCAGCCGCCUGUCCCCCCAACUCAGUUGACCCCAGCCCCGCCUGUGCCUUGCCUCCCGACAGCUGCUGCCGUAGCCUCCCUGCUUCCCAAUGCUCUCAGUGGGAUUUUGUUCAGGACUGUGUGGUGGGAAGUGAGAGCAGGUUAUCUUGAGUUAGGUCCAUGUACCUGAGACUGAGACUGUUAACUGAGGAAGAAAGAAAAAAAAAUUUAUAUAAAUAUGUAGAAUGUAACUGGUUUUAUUUAAGAAACUAGGUCUAAUUCAUUGUAGGGGAUUUACGUUCUCACAAAAUAACCAUCAAAGUCUUAAACAAAAGCCCUGCUCCCUGUCACUGCCCCCCACCACCCCCACCCCAUCACUUUUUAAAAGCCACAGUGGCAGUAACAUUUGUUAAUUGACAGAAACAGGUAUGGCUUCCUCUUCAGAGACAGGGCAGGAGAAGCCUUGCCUCUUCAUCUAAUCACCUAGGGAAAUCCCUAAAUUUCUUCCCAAGAAAUUCUCUGGAUUUAUUUUUGUGAACAGAUGGAGAUCAUGGAGGGAUUUAUAUCAAUAUUUGCAGUAGACUUAAUGUUCAAAACUGCAGUAGUCUACAUCUCUUAAAAAUAAACUUUAACACCCCAUCUUUUCCCCCCUUUCUUUGAAACAUUGUUUAACAAAGCAUUCCUGAAGAUAAUAUUUUAAGGCUCUACAUGAAGCAGAUACAUUCAACUUACUGAUGAUUGUAGUCCUGCAAACACACAAGUUUGGGAUUGAGCUUUUGUGUGUGCGUCUUUUUCUGGGAUGCAGCUGGACCACACUUCCCUGCCCUUAAGAGCAGAGCUUAUAGUGUAACAACAGGGACAACAGAUAACUUCUGAGAGCUAGAAAGCUAGUCUAGCUAGAAGGCUAAUCUUAACUUACUAAAAAUUCCAUAGAUGUGAGACUUAACACUUAAAUGCAGUUGUAUCUGUGUGUCAUACAAGCAGCCAUCUAGAAUGAAAAGGAGGGCUGUCAGCCCUCAUAAGGUGGCCUAGAGCAGAGAGGGAACCAGAAGAGGGUUCCUGACUCAACCUAGUCUUCCCUUAGGGUUUGUAAGUGCUAAGAAGGCUUGACGUUUCCGACCAGUACUAGGAAUGUCUAAACUCAGUCCUCUGCUAGAAAUCGGAUAGCAAGUUUUUUUCUGUGGUUCAACAAUUUCUCAUCAUAACCUGUUCAAUUUCCUUCUGCUUCACUGUCCUUUGCUUUUUGAAAACCAGAACCUCCAGGCUGAGAGAGGUAAGGCAAAACCGCCCACUGGACUUAGAAACUAAGGUUCUUAAAAGGCCUUUGUUGUAGCCCAGGCAUGCAGGGGUCACUGGCAUGGGAGGAGCCUGCCCAGCCUCAUCUUGUGCUAAGAUUUAUCCAAAUACAGCAUUUCAGCAGUGCAGAUUAGUGACUUGUGGGCAGUUGGGAACCAGCCAUGGCCCAAAUCCUUUUUAAAUUUUAAAAUUUCUUUUCAAUUAUAUAGGACAUACUUUCUUCUGAAUACAAUAUGGAAGGAAUUUAUCUUAGAAUCAGGAAGUCUUGCUCACAACUAAAGGGCAGACUAGUUUGCAUUUUAUUACGUUCCUUUCUCACGGUUCUAUUCUAAAACCUAUAUUGUUGCUUCCCAGUUUUUGAGUGCUUGUUUUCCAAAUAUUUGUGGGCAGUUUUUAAACACUCGUUUAUCCCUUAAGUUAAGGCAGCUGCUUUGAAGAUGAAACUCUGGGGCUGAGACUGGCAGAAGGAAGCUUGCACCUGAUUCAGUUCCAUCACAGAUGGAUUCUUCCCUUCUCUUAGCCUCAGCUUCCCAAACUCUAAAAUGGACAUUCUCAUUCCUCUUAUGCUCCUUCUCCCUUCUGGCUACAUUAUAGUCCUCCAAGUCCCGUUACCAUCAUUACUAAAAUUAUUUCAGCAUUAUUAAAACAAACAACUAUCACAGACUUUUUAUAGAAA